AUGUCUUCUCUACUUCCGCCUGAAACUCUCGAACAAGUCUUCAAGGAUCUUUCCUAUGUCGACUUAAGGAGUUGUGUCCUUGUUAAUCGUGCUUGGUGUGCCAGCGCUGUUCGCUAUCUAUGGAAGAACCCAUUCGGAUUUCGUUAUUCUCGUCAUAAAUACGAUCAAUAUAUACCGACAGCAAAAAAGCGCGUCAAAAUGUAUAAAGAUAGCAAAAUAUCGCUUGCACAGACAUACAUUUGGUGUCUUAACGAUAAAUCAAAACGAAUCAUUAUGGAUGUUGGAGUUGUUUUGCCUAAUUUUAUGAUAGAAAAUCGUCCGACGUUCGACUAUUCGUCCACUUUGACAACACUCAACCAUCUUUAUCUUUAUGAUACGGUAGGAUGGUGGCUUUCGGCUAAUUCAUCGGAACAAAAUGAUUUCGCGCAUUAUGUGAUCGUCAAAGAAUUAUACAAGAUGUUUAUUGCUCAAUCCGUUAAGAUAAAAUUUCUUUCAUUUGGCAACAUUGAUUCCAUCCAACUUCAAUUAAGGAAGAAUGAGAUCAAAAGUGAUAUAUUGCCAAUUUUAUGUUACUUACCGGGAGCCGAACAAUUUUUUGCCCGAAUUGAAAAAUUUUCAAGUGAUGUUGAUAUUCCAUCGGAAAUUUGGUAUGAGUUGGCACAGAUAGCAACAAACAUCAAAGAUUUGGAGAUUACGGACCAUAAUAAGCACAAGGAAGGACUACCAUCAUUUAUUCAAGCUCAAAACAAUUUGCGAAAAUUAAAAAUCGUACUUAAAGGACACCCCAAAUGGUCUCCAUUGGUUCAUCGUGCGGUCAAGGCCAAAGCUUCUUCUCUCACCCAUUUGACUAUAAUUGAUCAUCAUGAUUUUAUCCGAACGUAUCAAUUUUCACUCAAUUGGAUUGCGGAAUGUACAAAUUUAGAAGAAUUUAAAUUGUGCAUAUCCAAUUCAUUUAGUCCAUCUUCUUUGGAUCUUGGAUCAUUGGCUUCGUUUCCCUUUCUAACAAAGUUGGAACUUGUCCUUAGCUGUUUGAGCAACACUCACAUAAAAAUGAUUCGUAAAACCGAUGGGCAAUUAAAAUCAUUGUGUUUACUGUGGAAAACCUGCGAGGGGGAAGUAAGCAUUGUCUAUGAUGCAUUGUUCGAUGCUAUCAAGAAAACGUGUGGAAAUUUAUCAGAAAUAGAACUAACUAUUCCGGAAGAGAAAUUCUUAUCUACUGUGUCACUGCUGAAGGCGCUCAACCGUGUGGAGGUCAUUAAAUUCGUUCAGCUCUGCUCUUAUGGACAAGAACGCAUACUCGAUGAGAUCAACAUAUCUAUAUUACUACCAACAUGGGGGCGUUUGCUUCCACUCAAUUUACGUAAGCUUUGGUUUAAAGCCAACUGGGUGUUUACUUAUGACAGCUUUAGAGCGUUUCUAAAAAGCGUUGAGCUUAGAUUAACGAACAGGCCUUUGAAUUUUUUGUUUGGCAUGAAAUUCCCCGGGAACAGUCAUUUUGAUCUCUACCAAUUUUACGUGGAUAAAGGAAUACUGGAUAACGAAUCAUUUGUGGAAAAUGGAUUAAAAUGGAAAAAGCUUAAGGUUAUUUAA